AUGGCCAAACCAAAAGCUGCGAGACGAACACUCGACUCUUACACUGUCAAGCACAUCAACAAGACCGUCAGAGCUGGGGACUGUGUGCUGAUGCGGCCGUCGGAUUCCGGGAAGCCGUCGUACGUGGCGAAAAUCGAGCGGAUCGAGGCGGACAGCCGCGGCUCCAACGUGAAGGUGCACGUGCGCUGGUACUAUCGGCCGGAGGAGUCGAUUGGUGGCCGGCGACAGUUUCACGGCUCCAAGGAGGUGUUUCUUUCCGAUCACCACGACGUUCAGAGCGCCGACACCAUCGAGGCUAAGUGUACAGUGCACACCUUCAAGAGCUAUACCAAGCUCGACGCUGUUGGGAACGACGACUUCUUCUGUCGUUUCGAGUAUAAUUCCUCAACCGGAGCUUUCAAUCCCGACCGUGUCGCUGUGUAUUGCAAGUGUGAGAUGCCUUACAACCCUGAUGACCUCAUGGUUCAGUGUGAAGGUUGUAGUGAUUGGUUUCAUCCUGCUUGUAUAGACAUGAAUGCAGAGGAGGCUAAAAGACUUGACCACUUCUUCUGUGAAGGCUGUUCUUCCGAGGGUCAAAAGAAGUUGCAGAAUUCCCAUACUGCUUCCAAACACCCUGAUACAAAGGUGGAUACAAAACGGCGUCGGAGGUGA